UUUCGUGAGAUGUCGCUUUGUUUCAAAGAUUUCUUUCGGUGUUUCAAUUUGACAAGUUCAAAAAAAUCCGAGAAAAUUUCCAGAAUAUCUCUAAAUCAAAACCAUUCUUGAAUAUGUACAUUACGGCUCGCGUUGUUACAACGCGCCUCUUACAGCGGGGUUACCUGGGGCCGCGAGUUCGAGCGUCUAACCCAACUUUUUGCAUAACCUCACUUUCCAGAAAUCUCCAAACCAGAAGUCUCAUAAAAACCUCCAGAGGAUCUCAAGUUAUUAAUCGAGGAAAUGGGAAUUUAUUCGAUAAAAAGAUAAUAUUAAGAGCGAGCGUUGUGGGUUGUAGGGGGUUUGUUUCAAAAAGUGGAGACGAUGAUCAUCAUGGUGAAGAUCAACCUUAUAAUUCGCAUUUACCAGCUACGGUGGCAGUACCGGAAGUGUGGCCCCACGUUCCUGUUAUUGCAAUUAAUAGAAACAUUGUAUUCCCUCGAUUUCUUAAACUAAUUGAGGUAACAAAUAAGCAACUAAUUGAUUUAUUGAGACGAAAAGUGAAAUUAAACCAGCCAUAUUGUGGAAUUUUCCUUAAAAAAAACGAAGAAAACGAAUCGGAAAUCGUAAAUAACAUCGAUGAAGUUUACGCCGUUGGGGUUUUCGCCCAAAUCCACGAAAUGCAAGAUUUAGGGGAACGAUUACGUCUGGUUGUGAUGGCGCACCGAAGGAUUAAAAUCACGGGACAAAUCAUCGACUCAGAAGAAGAGGUUACCAAGGUAGUUAAACUUAAAUUUCCAAUUUUUAACACGUCAAUAAACGUCUUUGUAGAAGAAAGCGACGCAGAGAAGAGACGUAGAAAACUUAGGAACGCCCAACGUGCCAAAAAACCGGACGCGAAAAUUGAAACUAAAACUGAAACCAAACCGGAUCCGAAAACUGCAACAAAAACUGAAACCAAAACGGAAUCGAAAACAGCAGAAGCAACUUCGAAAGAAAAAUCAAAAGAAACUCCGAAAGAACCUGGGAAAGAACCUUUAUUGAUGGUUGAAGUUGAAAAUGUUGUUCAUAAUAAAUUUAGGCAAACUGAGGAAGUGAAAGCAUUAACUCAAGAAGUUAUUAAAACGAUUCGGGAUAUAAUUAGUUUGAAUCCUUUGUACAGAGAUAGUUUGCAACAAAUGAUGCAUCAAGGACAGAGGGUUGUUGAUAAUCCAGUUUAUUUGAGUGAUUUGGGGGCUGCUUUAACUGCUGCAGAAGCUAAGGAGUUACAGGAAGUUUUAGAAGAGAUGGAUAUCCCCAAACGUUUAAUGCUUUCCUUAUCUUUAUUAAAAAAAGAGUAUGAAUUAUCGAAAUUACAACAAAAAAUUGGAAGAGAAGUUGAAGAAAAAGUUAAACAGCAUCACCGAAAAUACAUUUUAAUGGAACAAUUAAAAGUUAUUAAAAAAGAAUUAGGCCUCGAAAAAGAAGAUAAAGACGCGAUCGGUGAAAAAUUCAGGGAAAGAAUCAAAGAAAAAAUUCUUCCUGCGGCAGUCUCCAGCGUGAUCGAAGAGGAACUUUCAAAAUUAAGUUUUUUGGAAAAUCACAGUUCCGAAUUUAAUGUUACAAGAAAUUAUUUAGAUUGGUUAACCUCUUUACCAUGGGGAGUUCAAAGCGAAGAAAAUUUAAAUUUACAAAGAGCCACAGAAAUUUUAGAUCAAGAUCAUUAUGGAAUGGAUGAUAUUAAAAGAAGAAUUUUAGAGUUUAUCGCCGUUAGCCAAUUGAAAGGGAGUACUCAAGGAAAGAUUUUGUGCUUUCAUGGACCACCUGGUGUUGGAAAAACGAGUAUUGCUCGUUCGAUUGCAAGGGCAUUAAACCGCGAAUAUUUCCGAUUUUCCGUUGGUGGGAUGACCGAUGUCGCUGAAAUAAAAGGUCAUAGAAGAACUUAUGUUGGUGCAAUGCCUGGAAAAGUAAUUCAAUGCCUCAAAAAAACAAAAACAGAAAAUCCGUUAGUUCUUAUUGAUGAAGUGGAUAAAAUCGGAAAAGGAUUCACUGGAGAUCCAAGCUCAGCUCUCCUCGAGCUUUUAGACCCCGAACAAAACGCUAAUUUCUUGGAUCACUACUUAGACGUCCCGGUUGAUUUAUCAAAAAUUCUUUUUAUUUGCACCGCGAAUGUUGUUGACACGAUCCCAGAACCACUCCGCGAUCGAAUGGAGAUGAUCGAUAUGUCUGGUUAUGUAGCAGAGGAGAAAUUGGCGAUUGCCAAACAGUAUUUGUUACCUCAAGCCAUGCGAGAUAGUGGAUUAAAAAGCGAAAAUAUUAAGCUUGAAGAUGAUACUCUACAAUUAUUGAUUAAAAGUUAUUGUCGCGAAUCCGGUGUUAGAAACCUACAGAAACAAAUUGAAAAGGUGGUAAGAAAAGUCGCCUAUAAAGUGGUUAAAGAAGAAACGAAUUUCGUAGACGUAACAGCGCAGAAUUUACAAAAAUUCGUGGGGAAACCAAUGUUCACCAGCGAUAGGAUGUACCCAACAACCCCUCCAGGGGUGGUUAUGGGGUUGGCAUGGACCGCGAUGGGGGGUUCAACGUUAUUUAUUGAAUCCACAAUCAGAAAGCCAAUGACGGAAAAAGAAACUGAUGGCACUUUAGAAUUAACAGGUCAUUUAGGUCAAGUUAUGAAAGAAUCUGCGAAAAUUGCUUUGACAGUGGCGAGAAAUUUUAUGACCAAAUUAGAUAAAAAUAACAAUUUCUUAAAUAAAAGCCAUCUUCACAUUCACGUCCCCGAAGGAGCUACACCAAAAGAUGGUCCAAGCGCUGGUUGUACAAUUGUAACCGCUUUAUUAUCAUUGGCGCGUAAUGAACCGGUUAGACAGGAUGUAGCGAUGACUGGGGAAGUGUCUUUAAUGGGGAAGAUACUUCCAGUUGGGGGGAUUAAAGAAAAAACGAUUGCUGCAAAAAGAGCAGGUGUAAAAUGUAUAGUACUGCCUGAAGAAAACAAAAAAGAUUUCAACGAUCUCCCUAAAUACAUCACUGAAGGUUUAGAAGUACAUUUCGUAAGCAAUUUUGAACAGGUAUACGACAUAGUGUUUGCUAAAGGUGCUGGGCCGCGUCCUACUUUUGGUCCAACUGUCACUCCUACAAUUCCAACACCAGCACCGACAACGACUACGACUAAAGUAAUCUAAAUCGGUGUGCAGGUUUGUUUUGUUUUUUUUUAAUGUUUUGUUUGUUGGAUCGGGAGGAAAUAAGAAUUGUGUGUGUUCAUUAUAACAAGAGAACGUUCAAUUUUUGUUGUUUCGAACGUUUGAGGAUGUUUAUAGAGUGUAAAUUUUUUGUCCAAUGUAUAAAGGUGGGUUUAUAGAAAGAACUGUUAGAUAAAUUAAUGGAUAAAAAGAUGAUUAAGAGAAGAAUAAAAGAGUUUUACUAUGUUUUUAUUCUUAGAUAUUUUAUACUAUGAAGAAAGAAAUAAAUUGUUUUUUAAUAAAUUAA